CUCCGGCCUGUAGGGGGCAGAACCCGGGUGCCGGGUGGGUCCGGAAAGCAAAAGCGUGGCAGGGGCCGGCCCCGGGAAGCGGAGGAGGCGGGUCUCCAAGGCUACCGCCACCUGUUUCCGGCGGGCGCGGGCGCGCUCAGGGGCAGCGCCGGGGGCCAGGCUCGGGCGCGUUCCCGGCGGCCCCUGCGCGCGCGGUGGGGGUUGUACACAAUCAUCAUGGCGGCGGCCGGGGCCCCGGAUGGCAUGGAGGAGCCUGGCAUGGACACGGAGGCCGGCACGGCGGCCGGCGAGGCGCCCGCGCGGCCCCUCAACUGCCUGGAGGCCGAGGCGGCGGCGGCGGCGGGGGCGGCGGCGGCGGCGGAGGACGCGGGCGCGGCGCGGGGCAGCCCGCAGCCCGCCCCGGCCCAGCCCCCCGGGGACCCCGCGGCCCAGGCCUCGGUCAGCAACGGCGAGGACGCGGGCGGCGGCGCGGGCCAGGAGCUGGUGGACCUGAAGAUCAUCUGGAACAAGACCAAGCACGACGUGAGGUUCCCCCUGGACAGCACCGGCUCGGAGCUCAAGCAGAAGAUCCACUCGAUCACGGGUCUCCCGCCGGCCAUGCAGAAAGUCAUGUACAAGGGCCUCGUCCCUGAGGAUAAGACGUUGAGAGAAAUGAAAGUGACCAGUGGCGCCAAGAUCAUGGUGGUUGGCUCCACGAUAAAUGAUGUUUUAGCCGUGAACACGCCCAAAGAUGCUGCCCAGCAGGACGCCAAGGCCGAAGAGAACAAGAAGGAGCCGCUCUGCAGGCAGAAACAACACAGGAAAGUGUUGGAUAAAGGGAAACCCGAAGAUGUGAUGCCCUCUGUGAAGGGCGCCCAGGAGCGCCUGCCCACCGUCCCCCUGUCCGGCAUGUACAACAAGUCAGGAGGCAAAGUGCGGCUCACCUUCAAGCUGGAGCAGGACCAGCUGUGGAUCGGCACGAAAGAGCGGACCGAGAAGCUGCCCAUGGGCUCCAUCAAGAACGUGGUGAGCGAGCCCAUCGAGGGACACGAGGACUACCACAUGAUGGCGUUUCAGUUGGGCCCCACGGAAGCCUCUUACUACUGGGUGUACUGGGUUCCAACUCAAUAUGUGGAUGCAAUCAAAGACACUGUGCUGGGGAAGUGGCAGUAUUUUUGAAAGCACUUUCACCUCUGGCCCAGGAGACUGACCCAAAGUGAAGGACAUUGCUGGGAGAGGCCUGCAGCAUCCCCGGAUUUCAGAGUUCUGGAACUUGAUUCAAAAACAAAAAUCUCUCUCCAGUCUAAGGCGAUGUGGUGACUGAAGCCACGGGUGAUGGACUUUCACCAUCAGCUUCAUUUUAACUUCACCCUCACCGGGUCCCUUUCUUGCAGUCAGCUUCAUACCAUUUUUCAAGUCCAUGCGGUGGAAAUCAAUAAAUCUGAAUUCCGAACAUGUUGUGUGGAAUACUCUUACAUGUGCUGAAGAGUAGACCUGCCAGUUCUGUUUAGAGAGGAAUCAUCAAAAAGCUUUCUGGUUUCUUUUUUCUUUUUCUUUUUUUUUUUUUUUUUUUAAAUUUUUGUGUGUCUUUUUUUAAAGAAAAAAGAUCUCAACUGGAAUAUUUGCAUAAACCUUUGGUUGCAAACAUGUGGACUGCAUUGUAAUGAGGGGGGUUGUUUUUAUAUCUUUUUUUUCAUAUGAAGUUGUAUGCAACAUGUCGGGGGGCGGGGGCAUUGCAGGCCGUAUUUUUCUUAAUCCGUUGAUUCCAGUGUAAUUCUCUCCGUCUCUCGCUUUCUCACUUCCUAGAUUGGAGUUUUUGUUUUCAGACCCAAAGAUGUCGGUUCCUCUUUUUCGUACCUCAUCGCCGCUUCCUCUCCUGGCCUGCAUCCGCCGGACGGCGCGGUCUCCGGCAGGGCAGGGGCGCGAGCCGCAGCAUCGCUUGCAGUUGACUCCUGUCUAGACAUCUUGCCCUCCGGGGUCCCCACUCUCGCUCUCCGGGGGGCACUGCGCUGCUGGUCGUGGCCUGCUCCCCGGCCAGGGAGACGACAGUGGGCACAGCCGUCUCGCCCCUGGGCCCAGAGGACCGUCUUGCUUUGCGAUGUUCCAGAAAGUUCUUAAAGCAGUCUGAUGAUUCUUUCCAUCACGCGCCUCCAUUUGGCCCUCGUAGCUCCUGCAUUCUGUUCAAGUGCCCUUUUCAUCCCAGGCUCUCAGCUGCCGCCUUUCUCACUAAGAAGUCCUCCCAGCUCGGGGCUUGGCCGCCGGCUCUGAACGUCCAAAAAAAUGAGUGGGGAAGAAAACGGAAUCGCCGCUGGGGACAGCUUGGCCCCUUGCAGUUUCCGCCCCUUCCGUUCGUUCUUCGUUCCCGUGAACUCCUUGUCUCCUUCUGGCCUGACGGACUCUGAAAUGCGGGAAGGCCUCUCGGCGGGGGCGUCCCCUGCGUGCUGUUGGCUGGAGCCCUGCUGCUGUCUGCGGGUCCUCCACCCCCACCCCCACCCCACCCUGUGCUUUGGACUCGGGGCCUUUGCUCCUCAUUCUGUGAAACGUCCUCGCAUGUGUCCGCCCCCGACGACUCUCCCUCGUGAGCCAGUUCCUGACGGUUCCCUGCCCUCCCCUCCCUUCCCCUCCCCUCCGCCGCUGGCGUUCGGGAUCUCGCCCGUAGAGACAGUCUUGCUUUUUCAUGGUGUGUUGUCGGUGCCCAGUCAUGCAUCUGGGCGGGAAAAUUGCUUCUUGCCAUCCCGGAGGCCUUGGGACGCAGGUGAGGCAGCACAAGUGCCAGAUCCUUUGCAAAAAAGGGGCCGUCACAGCGGCCCUCUGGGGGGGGCCCCCCCGCUUCUCUUUCUCUGAGCAGAGCGCCCCACUUUGGUCCGAGCCUCGCUCGCUUGGAAUGCCCCCUCGGUCGCCCCCUUCCUCCCGGUGAGCGCCGGCCUCACGCUCCUUUCGCCACAGGCCAAACCCGCUUCUUGCUCGGGCGGGCGCCCCCGUGAGCAGGGCCCUUUCAUUUGAAGUCCAAUGGUGCUUUUUCCUUCCUUGGAGAUACAGUCUAUAAGUAAUAACCGGCCUGACACCUCUUCGCGGGCUGGUGGAGCCUGGCUCGCUGCGAGAACAGUCCCGGGCUCUGGCUCCCGCCUGCCCAUCCGUCCGCGCCAGGCGCCCCGGGAACGCGACCCUCCCCGCGCCCCCCGUUUGACUAGAUCCCACGUCCGGGUCGCUGCAGUAUUCCCCCCUCUUGCAGUAUUCCCCCUCGGUUCCCCGCGCGGUCUCUUCCUGUCUCUUGUGAUCCAGCACGAACAACUGUGGCAGUGGCAGUCUCCUCCCGCCCUCGGUCGCUCCUCCUGUGCAUCCCUCAUCCUUUCCUCCUCGGGAGUCUCUCUGCGCAGCCCGCCAGGGCGCGGGGACCCCCGGGGCUGGGAGUCCGUGGCCCUGUGCCAAGCUCGGGCGCAGCCUGUACGGGAGGCCCCGGGGUGCCUCUCUUGGGACCCCUGAGAGGUGGCGUUCCUGUCUGGAAGCCACGCUGGGGGUCCCCCUGUAGGUCUUGGCCCCAGACAUCAGGCCUUUCUUCUCCUUCUUGAGGCAGCCGCCAAGGCCAAGGUGACUCUCGGCCCCGAGGUCUUUGCUGGCUCCCGGCGGGGCUCUCUGGGCCUUGGGGGGCUGGGGGGGGCCCUUUCCGCUUUGUUGCGAAGCCGCCUGCUCUCGGCAGGGCAGCGGUUUUCAUCUCGCUGCUGCCCCCCGCACCGGGGCCCAAGAGACCACCCUAGCCGCUCCAUCGGCCCCGAGGCGCCACGGAAGGGGCCGGCUUUCCUCUUCUUACUUGAACCACGUGCCUGGAGGAGCCGCCCAGGCCAGGCCCCACUUCCUUAGGGGCCGAGAGGAGCAGGGGGUGGGCGCGGCCGGUCGGGGCAGGGCCAGGCCGGGGCGGGCUUGCUGCCCACCCGGCUGUCUAGGGAGCCGCCCUCCGGCGGGGGCCCGCGCUCUUGCUGCCCCGGGGGCUUGGGUCAUGCCGGGGCCCCGGGAGACGCUGGCGCGGGUGUGGAUGGGGCCCCGAGCCCGCGCCCAGCAGGGUCCGGGGCCCGCUGGUCGGGAGCGGGCCGUCUGCUGAACUGCCCUGCCUGGCCGGGGGGCUCUCCCGCUUUCUCCAUUUCUAAGAACCUCUCUCUUUUUCUUUCUUAAAGAGUUCUGCCGAAUUAUUUGACAAUAUACGUAAGUACCAUGUUUCCUUGUGGUGUACGCUCUGUUCUGGUUUUUGUUUUUUAAAUCCAAUGCCUGUGUGGGCGGAGAUGGACGUAUUUAGUCUUAAUAGAUUUGCGCUGCUGGAAUUUUCUUUUUCUUUUCCUUUUUCUUUUUUUUUUUUCCUUCCAAGUGUAACCUUGACUAGCUGUCUCAUUGUUUAUCCUGUAAGAUUAGUCUCUCGAUUAAAGUUUCAUAAUGAACCACA